AUGAAAGAUGGAGUAUUCUCGGUCAACAUCUCGUUCUACCACACGACCGCAUCGUUUUUACGCUCCAGCUACCUCCGUGUGCUGCUCGAGCUCAUCGAUCCGCAGCGACUUUUACGAGGCCAAGCUGGACCAGUGCAGGUACGAAUCCUCCAUCCCAAUUGCCUCGAGCUUGUUUGUCCGCCAGUUCGGUCCCGCGCGCGGCGCGUCCGUUGCUCGCUUACCCCCACGUCGUCGUGCACUGCCUCAUCGUUUCCCCGUGCAACCGAGCGAGUACCACUGCCUCGUGCAAAGUGCGCAGGAGCGCCCGAAUAUUGGUUGCCGCUCGUCGACACGACCGACGAGGCCGAGCAUGUGGGAAAGUACGCCGAGGUGCAUCGAUGGACAGUGUACGACCACCCAUGGAGGAGAAGUCUGGAGUACUGCUUGAGCAAGCUUGAUCUCCCUCGCCUCGUUGGGCGAGCGCUUGGCCUUGCUUCAGAAGUUAGAUGUUACGCCUUGGGCUCCAGGCGGUGUCCUUCGGCGAUCUGCUUGCGUCUCGCUCCCAGAUCAGGUCCUGCACGUGCAUCUUUGAGGCGUCCGGCUACCUCGUUGCGCGAAAUCGACGCAUGA